GGAGCGCGGGGCCGGGGAGAGGGCGGCGGCCGCCCCUGGAGGUCGGGGCUGGAAGCCGCAGGGUUUGCUUAAUGAUGGCCUCUCAGGACUCAGCCCUGCCUGAGCCGUUCACCAAAAUAAAAGGUGCAGAAAGACCCGGGGACAAGGCAAGAGAAGAUGAUGGAGGGGGCAAGAUAUCCUGGGUGAAAGAAAGAAACAGCAUCUGUGACCCAGAUGCUGAAGGCCUAAAUGGAACCCCUCUAGCCAAGCAGCUGGAAGAAGGAGGAGGAAACCUGGAGUUGUCCCCAUCUCCAGUACAGGGUGAAAAGCAUUUGAUAAUGCUGCAGACUGUGCAUUUGAAGGAAGGGGAAGAUGACCUCCAGGGGGUCAGUCAGUUGAAUAUUCAGCAACAGAGUGGGGUGCACAUGGUGGUUCAACGAGGGGCAAGUGUGUUGCAGCCCUUGGUAGUAGUGCAACAGGGAGUAGGUGCUCAGCAGAAUCUACCCACAGGUGUAGCAAUAAGUAUACAGGAUGGUGUUUAUACAUUUCAUGAUGUGGAGGUGAUGCAGAUUAACGUUUUGCAAGAAAAAGUACAGGCAAAAGAUGAAGAAAACCUGUCCAUGGAUAAACCCCCAGGAAUGCUACUGAUUAAGAUUGAUAGAAGUAAAGAUCUACAUGCAGUUGAAGGUAAGGGCCAGCAACUGCCUCCAAAUGAAGAGGGAAGAGAAAAGGACAUUUUCACUGUUGAGAAAGCAAAGAUCUUGAGCUGUAAAGCCAAAGAUGAUAUGUCAGUGUCACACUGUGAACCCAAAGAGCAAGAAGAACAAGCAGUUAUAAAAAACACUGAUACUGUAGAAGCUCAAAAAAACACACAGCAUAGGAAAAAAGGGGAAAAGGUGAUCUUCCAUUGUGAUCUGUGCGCAUUCACCUCUCUUAGAAUGUCAAGUCUUAAUCGUCACAUGAAAACCCAUUCUGAUGAAAAACCCCAUGUGUGUCACCUCUGCCUUAAGGCUUUCCGUACAGUUACUCUCCUGCGUAACCAUGUGAAUACACAUACAGGGACCAGACCGUAUAAGUGCAGUGACUGUGAGAUGGCAUUUGUGACCAGUGGUGAACUUGCACGACACAGGCGAUAUAAGCACACUCUAGAAAAACCCUUUAAGUGCUCAAUGUGUAAAUAUUCUAGUGUAGAAGCAAGCAAAUUGAAGCGUCAUAUUCGUUCACACACAGGAGAACGUCCUUAUAACUGUUAUCUCUGUAGUUAUGCUAGCAAAGAUACCUAUAAGCUGAAAAGACAUAUGGUAACUCAUUCAGGAGAAAAACCCUAUGAAUGUUAUGUUUGUCAGGCCAGAUUCACACAAAGUGGUACCAUGAAAAUCCAUAUAUUACAGAAGCAUAGUGAAAAUGUGCCCAGAUACCAGUGUCCACAUUGUAAUACAUUUAUUGCAAGAAAAAGUGAUUUGGGUGUCCACCUACGAAAGCUGCAUUCCUACCUGGCCGUAGCGAUGAAGUGCCGUUAUUGUGAAGCUCUCUUCCAUGAGCGCUAUGCUCUUAUUCAGCACAAGAAAACUCACAGAAAUGAAAAACGAUUCAAAUGUGAUCAGUGCAGUUAUGCAUGCAAGCAGGAACGACACUUGAUUGUGCAUAAGCGUACACAUACUGGUGAGAAACCCUUCACUUGUGUAUGUUGCAGCAAAUGCUUCCGGCAGAAGCAGCUUCUAACUGUUCACUUCAGGAAAUACCAUGAUUCCAAUUUUAAACCAACAGUUUAUGAAUGCCCUAAAUGUGGCAAGGGCUAUUCACGCUGGAAUAAUAUGCAUAAGCAUGCUGAAAGCUGUGGAUUGGUGAGGGCAAAAUCUGUUACACGCCGCAAAGGAAGCAAGGGCAAAAAGAAAAGAUGCGACAGACUAAAACAUGAUGUUAAGCAAGAAGCUGUUGACCUGGGAUCAUUCCAAGAUGUUUCCUUUGUGAACACUGAAUGCUGUGCCAGUGAGAUUGUCCCUGUCGUAUAUGGAAUAGAAACAAGUACUCCGAGGGAGCAGGAAACAGAAAUGACUUGUGAAAUGAUCCUCAACAUGAUGGACAAAUAA